AUGACCAGGCUACUUUGGGGUACCAGAAGACGCUCGAACAAAGUACCCGCUGCACGUGAUGUCCCAACAGAAGCUGCUUGUCGACGUGCUACAGAAGAUGGCGACGUCUACAAUUGCACUGCAAUAAAUAGUAUUCGAUCGGAUCCGAGGAGAAUCGAACAAUUCUCCUUCGAUGCGGACCAAUACGACUGCUUCAAUUUAUGGUCCAACUGGCAUAAGAACUGUUGGGGAUAAGCUGGAUUGCCUAGCCCUGGUUUUUGACUUCCAGGCUCCGGAGCUGAAUGACUAUCGCGUUCGCUUCCUUCGCAACGUGGACGAAGACGAGAUGGUUACUGUCGGCGAUUCAGCCAAGGAGAUAUCCGCAUAUGGCUUCCGCGUCCGCACCAACAAGUGCCAUUUCGUAAUGAUCCAGCUGACCUACUUCGGGAAUGUCAACACUGCUGAUGGACGCCGACCUGAUCCCAAAAAGAUCGAUACCAUUACUCAGGUGGCAAAACCGAAGGAUACCGCCCAGGUUCGGUCAUAUCUCGGUCUCAUCAACCACUAUGGAACGUUCGCUUCAGGGAUCAUGCUGGGCUUGCUGAAGCCUAGCCAUGCGCCAGAAUCUGAGCCAGAUAUCGCUGAUCUUGUGUUGUACUGAUCUGCCCGGUUUAUUAAGAGAUCUGAUGACCAAAGCAGUAA